UUAGCAUCGAUAUUCUUGACUGUCUUAUAAGAUUUCUUUGUUUACUUUUUACUGAUUAACAAAAAUAUAAGAAUAUAGUACACAGAUUUUGUCCUGGUAACAUUGAUAAUGAGCUGCUACGGCUGUAGUCGCAAAUACGGAAUCUUCUGCAAGGAGUAUGGCUGUCCCAGCUGCGGGUAUUCCUACUGCGCCAAGUGUUUAAAACGACCAAUUAGUGUGCCGCGUCAUGCCAACAAGGUGCACAAUGUUUGCCUCAUCUGCUUUGAUAAGUUAUCCAAGUUGCACGCUAUUGCGGAUGCCGAGAAAGUUGUCGACUGUGAAUCACUGCCUGGAGAGUUGAUGAACAAGCUGCGACUACCAAAAUUUAGUGCUGUCGCAGAUUUAGAGUCAGCUGACGCACUUUUUGACAAUGUGAUGCCCUCUGAGGAACUAGCUGCUGUGCUCUCGCCAAUGAACAACACAGAUACAGGCGUGGCAGCUACUGGUGCAAUUGCUGCUAAUGCUCAGGAUAUUAACGAAAAUCUUGACAGCGCUAUAAGCAAACGCUUGAAGAAUCUGAAAGCUGUUGAAACUACGGAUGAUGAAAUACGCACGCGUCUGUCAAAUUUAAGCAGAAUGCCGCAUGAAAAGAACUAUGAUAAAAAGGAUUUGUUACUUUCCACAGACCAAAGAACUGAUCAAGACAAAAUCAAAGAUCUGCUUGAACAGUUUCUCGGUGAGUCGCAGCUAGAUCAGCGUGUAGAAACUCAACGAAAUGAUGCUCAGUCAGAAAUCGAGCGGCGCCUUCGAGCUCUGCGCGAUGCGCCCAUUGAAGGUACUGCUGCUGCUAACUCGGCAGUCACCAACUCGUCAAAUCCAAAUACACCUAGUGAUAACGAGGAUGAGAACGAUGGAACGUUGCUGCAAAAUAUUAUGAAAAAGUAUGUGGCAGAAUCACGUUUGCCCGAUCCUCUGGAAGAUGAGCUGGGCGACACAGGCUACAUUAAUCAGGAGGAGUUACCCUGGUGCAACAUUUGUAACGAAGAUGCAGUUAUUCGCUGUCACGGCUGUGAUGGUGAACUGUUUUGUUCUCAGUGCUAUCGCGAGUGUCACGAUGAUGAUGAUGAAUAUCGAGUCCAUGCUAAAGAAAAGUAUACUGCGCCUCCAAAAUUUAAAGAGAAUCAUUUUUAAUAGUCUUUGAUGCUUAUUUAAUAUAGUAAUUUAAGCUAAUAUAAGCUUAUU